CGAAGAGUGUGGAGUUUGUCCCGAAGCUGAUAAACAUGAGCGGUGGACACGGAGUUGUACCGUGCGGCCAAAGCAUCCCAGAGGGCAGCAGAUGUGGUGAAGCCGCGAGCAUGUUUGUGAACGGAGGGGCUGAUGACCGCUAGGAGGCAGGCGCGGAUCUGUGUGUCAACGAUGGUCCAGGAGCUAGAUGAUUGGGUGCUUUGCCAUUUAUACAAGAAAUUGAUGAGCACGAAGAAAGUGGCGGCCGGCGAGCAGAGAAAGAACAAAGGCAUCCAUCCAAAUAAUUGUAUUGGUCGCCAUAAAGGUGACUAUGAAGUGGAUGAUAUGAUGGUCGCAUGUAUUUGUGUGACACUGUGAAUUCGCAUAGUACCAUUCUCAAGAUUAAAGAAAGGAACAAACAAACAAACAACCCACAAGUUCAAACAAAGCAUCCUUUGAAAAGUAAAAGAAAUUACAGAGGACAGGGGAAGUCAGUCAUUCAAAGGUAUAGCCUAACCAGUACCUACUACUACUAGCUUACCCGUAGAUCAGAAUCUUCCUUAAAGUUUGUUCCAAGAACGAACUGUCUUUCAAGAAACACUUUUCCCAGGAAUGGGUUCUCUCUAAACAGCGGUGGCAGACGCUAGAUUUCGACCCAUAAUUAGUUGAUGUCUCUGAAGAGCAGAGGCGGCGCCGCCUCCUCACCCGGCGGAGAUAUGGUCCCGAGAAGUAAAAUCAUUUCCAGAAACUGGACGCUUCUGCUCUGCAUAGGUAGUUUCUGCGCCGGAUGUUUCUUCACCAGCAGAAUGUGGACUGUUCCUGAGCCAAAAGGGAUUACAAUAAGAACUGCAGUUGAAGUUGAAGGCCUGAAGUCUAUAUCGGAAGGUUGUGGUACAGAACAUUCGCAGCCAAAAGAUGUGAAAGUGUCUAAGGAUGUCGCCGGGGAAGUUUCUAGAACCCAUCACGCCAUUCAGACGCUAGACAAAUCGGUGUCAAAUUUGGAAAUGGAAUUGGCUGCUCAAGAAUCGAUUCUCAGCGGCUCUCCUAUAUCAGAUGAAGUUAGUUCGUCCAAAAGGAGAAAAUAUUUUAUGGUUAUUGGAAUAAACACCGCAUUCAGUAGCCGAAAAAGAAGAGAUUCGGUUCGCACCACUUGGAUGCCCCAAGGCGAAAAGAGGAAGAAGCUAGAAGAAGAAAAAGGAAUCAUCAUUCGAUUUGUGAUUGGCCAUGGUGCCACGGUUGGCGGUAUACUAGACAGAGCUAUUGAAGCCGAGGAUAAAAAACAUGGAGAUUUCUUGAGGCUGGAUCAUGUGGAGGGGUAUCUUGAAUUGUCUGCAAAGACAAAGACUUAUUUUUCAACUGCAGUUAAACUAUGGGAUGCAGAGUACUACAUAAAAGUUGAUGAUGAUGUCCAUGUAAAUAUAGGAACACUAGGGGAAACACUAGCGAGACACCGCAAGAAACCACUCGUGUAUAUCGGGUGCAUGAAAUCCGGCCCUGUUUUGUCUCAAAAGGGAGUGAGGUACCACGAACCCGAGUAUUGGAAGUUUGGGGAGACUGGAAAUAAAUAUUUCCGUCACGCCACAGGACAAUUGUAUGCCAUCUCAAGGGACUUGGCUGCAUACAUUUCACUCAACCAACAUGUCCUCCACAAAUAUGCUAACGAGGAUGUUUCACUCGGGUCUUGGUUCAUUGGGCUCGACGUGCGGCACAUUGAUGACCGAAGACUAUGCUGCGGCACUCCACCUGAUUGUGAAUGGAAGGCUCAGGCAGGCAACAUUUGCGUUGCCUCGUUUGACUGGACCUGCAGCGGGAUAUGCAGGUCCGCUGAUAGGAUAAAGGAGGUCCACCGACGGUGUGGUGAGGGCGAAAAGGUCCUUUGGAAUGCUGCUUUCUAAAUUGUGAUUGCUUUUCUUCCAACCUCUGGAAGAUAGCAUUAUCAUGAACGACCGCAAUACGUUAGCAUCUCUCCCAUUUUUUCUCAUCUAUAGGUUCAAAAAAGUGUUUAGGGAGAGAGAUGAUGGGUGGAGAGAAAUGAGGAGUGCUAUAUAUAGUCAUCAUGGUGUAUACCAUGUUUUGAAUUACCAUUAUACCCUCACCAUAUACACACCUAUCCAUUCACAUUCAUGAGAGGAUAUAAUAGUAAUUUCAUGGAGAUGAUGCACACCAUGAAUGCCUUUGUCUUUUUUUAAGAAGGAAAUUAAUAGGGAUUAGCUGUGUAGACCAAAUCAAUUUUAGGGAAAUUGUUUUAAACUCCCUGUAAUUCUCUAAGGUGGCAAGUUGUGGUUGAAAGUGUUAAUUAACCUCAAAAUAAGAACAAAUUGUUUAUGUAAAACGUUAGGUGUGACACCUCAAUGAAUAAUGAAUCUUUGA